GCCACGUAAAAACUAAAAAGUAUACACGAUCAAUAGUCAAAUCACAAAUCUCUCAACUUUCCAGUUUCCACUUUCCCAUUUCCACAUUCUCCUUAGCUUCACUAAUCCGAUCUAGGGUUCAUCACUUUCUCACUUCCGAUGGACAAAUCCAAGCUAGCUCUAUUCGGCGAGAAACUCAAAACCAACAGCGCUAACCUGAGCCGAAUCGUCAGCGGCAAAAUGAAGGAAAUACUCCAAACUCCAACUCCAGAAUCAAAGAUGGUCGACGAAGCAACAUCGGAGACAUUAGAGGAACCGAAUUGGGGAAUGAAUCUGAGGAUAUGCGGGCUUAUAAACUCCGACGAGUUUAACGGUUCGGAGGUGGUGAAGGCGAUCAAGAGGAGGAUCAAUCAGAAGAGUCCCGUUGUUCAGAAACAUAGCCUUGAUUUGUUGGAAACUUGUGCGAUGAAUUGUGAUAAGGUGUUUUCGGUUAUUGCGUCUGAGAAGGUUCUGGAGGAUAUGGUUAGGUUGAUUGAUAAUCCGCAGGUGGAGCAGAGUAAUAGGACGAGGGCUUUGCAGUUGAUUAGGGCUUGGGGUGAAUCUGAGGAUAUUGCUUAUCUUCCUGUUUUCAGUCAAACCUAUUUGAGUUUGAAAGGAAGGGGUGAAUCACUUGACACGGCGGGAGGAAAUUCACCACCAAUUCCGUAUGCCACAGAGUCCCAUACUUACCAACAAUCUUUAAAUCCCCCUGAAAGAUACCCAGUUCCAGAAGCAGGGUUACGUGCUCUUGCUCUGGAUGACUCAGAAGCUUUCUUUACUGACCACCAACCCGUUUCUGUUGAAGAGAAGAAAGAGCAUCUUGUGGUUGCUCGAAACAGUCUUGAAGUUCUCUCUAGCAUAUUAAAUUCUGAGGCAGAACCAAAACCUUUAAAGGAAGAAUUAACUUUGAGUCUGCUGGAUAAGUGCAAGCAAUCACUUUAUGUUAUCAAGGAGAUUGUGCAAAGCACAACAAAUGAUGAAGAAACACUUUUUGAGGCUUUAUAUCUCAAUGAUGAGCUGCAGCAGUUGGUUUCUAAGUAUGAGGAGUUGGAAGCUUCUCAAAGUUUAGGGGAACAACAAACACAAAAUGCUGACUCUACCAAGAAUGACGCGGAAGCUGUUCAAAACCUCAAUGAAAGACAUGAAAGUGACAAAUCUGAAGAGGCAGAAGCUGCUCAGAAUGUUGAUCAAAAGCUGCCCCAAAAGUCAAACACUCUUGAAGUCGGUGUCAAUGCAACCGAGGUGUAUGAUCACGUUGAAACCAAAAAUGUGGAUAGCACAAAAGAGAAGAACGGUGAACCUAUCCUCAAGACUAAUACCGAAUGAGAAGGCAAAGGAUGCAAGUUUCAUUGUUUUUUCUAGCAUUAUAUUUUGUUGUUGUCCAUACCGUGUAGGCAUGUAAUAAUAUUUAUAACCUAUAGUUCUUUCUACAAGGGUGAUUAUAUCCCGAGGAUUGUGAUACUUAAUCCUUGUGAGAUUAUGGUAGUUCAUCAAAAUGUUAAUGUAGUUUUUUUUCUUGUAAAUCUCUCAUUUUGACUA